AUGUGGCACUAUUUUUUUCUUAUUUCUCACCAUUUUUUCCCCAUUCUUGAUACUGUCUCUAUCACAAAAUGGAUCCGCAUCCAACCAAUUACGAUUAGUAGUUCAGUUGUUCCCUUGACAUCUUUUAAUAGUCGAGACAGGAUAAUUGGUCUUGUGGCGCUCUCGUUCUUAAAAAGCAGAUGUCGGAGACCCUCGGGUAACUUACGAGUCAAAUUAAAUGGUCCACGAGAAAGGCUCUUGCAAAAGGCAGCCGGUUACUGGACAGAGCCGAACGAACAAAGCAAAUUGACGGACAGUGGUGAUGAUGAUGAUGAUGAUGAUGAUAGUAUUUUUUCAAAAGAAUACCAUCUUCUUCAGUUUACUAUCUAUCUAUAUAUCUAUCUAUCUAUCUAUCUAUCUGUCUGUCUGUCUCAGUCUGUUUACUAUCUAUCUAUCUAUCUAUCUAUCUAUCUCUAUCCUGUUUACUAUCUCAGUUCAGUCUAUUUCUAUCAUCUAUCUAUCUAUAUCUCAGUUCAGUUUACAUCUUUAUCUAUCUAUCUAUCUAUAUCUCAUAUCAUUUAUAUCUAUCUAUCUAUAUAUAUCUAUCUAUAUUCUAUCUAUCUAUAUCUCCGUCUGUUUACUAUCUCAGUUCAGUUUAUAUCUAUCUAUAUAUAUCUAUCUAUCUAUCUAUCUAUCUAUCUAUCUAUCUAUCUAUCUAUCUCCGUCUGUUUACUAUCUCAGUUCAGUUUACUAUCUAUCUAUCUAUCUAUCUAUCUAUCUAUCUAUCUAUCUCCGUCUGUUUACUAUCUCAGUUCAGUUUACUAUCUAUCUAUCUAUCUAUCUAUCUCCGUCUGUUUACUAUCUCAGUUCAGUUUACUAUCUAUCUAUCUAUCUUUCUAUCUAUCUAUCUAUCUAUCUAUCUAUCUAUCUCCGUCUGUUUACUAUCUCAGUUCAGUUUACUAUCUAUCUAUCUAUCUAUCUAUCUAUCUAUCUAUCUAUCUAUCUUUCUAUCUAUCUAUCUCCGUCUGUUUACUAUCUCAGUUCAGUUUACUAUCUAUCUAUCAUCUAUCCCGUCUGUUUAAUCUCAGUUCAUUUCUCUAUCUAUCUAUCUUCUAUCUAUCUAUCUAUCUAUCUAUCUAUUUCUAUCUAUCUAUCUCCGUCUGUUUACUAUCUCAGUUCAGUUUAUAUCUAUCUAUCUAUCUAUCUAUCUAUCUAUCUAUCUAUCUAUCCUAUCUCCGUCUGUUUACUAUCUCAGUUCAACUCAUCUAUCUAUCUCCGUCUGUUUACUAUCUCAGUUCAGUUUAUCAUAUCUAUCAUCUUUUGCUGAUUUUAUUUAUCUAUCUAUUUAUCUAUCUAUCUAUCUAUCUAUCUCAGUUUGUUUCCUAUCUAUCUGAUUAA